GACUCUGAGAUAAGACUCGUUCCGACGCACAUUAGCAAGUUAUAAAUGAGCUUAAACUCGAUUAUUAAUUAGAAAAACAACUAUUUUGAUUAGUUUCCGGUUAUGAUAGCAACUUAAGCUAAUGUCCUGAGUAUAUGAACGACAGAAGCAGAAUGUAAAAGUGUUCAGAAGUAGGAGUUUAAGGCCAUGGCUGAUGCUAAUGAAGUCAUGCAGGUGGAUGAGGUGGUUCUGUCAAACAGUGAUGAACAGGACAGGUUUACACUUCACCAUGAGGAGGUUUCUGAUACAAUUCCACUGUCACUGCUCAGCUACUUCGAAGCCUCAAAAAGCAGAGCAGCAGAUUGUGAGAAGUUCAUGCUUGAGGAACUAGAAGUUAUUUCAGAUGAAACUAGCACAGAUGGACGUACGGAGUGUGAUGGGAAGUUUACAGCGGAAGCCCAAAGCCUUGAUCCUGCAAAGAAUGAAGACGACGGGAAGAAAAAGUCUGGGUGUGAGUUGGAGAGAACACAAGAGCAAAGCAGACUGAGGGAGAGGGAGUUCCAGGAAGAGCUGAGGAGGUUAACGGAGGCAGAGAAGCUCCAACAAGUGGAACUUCAACUGAUGGCAAAGAGAGCUCAAGAAAAACUGGAACAGGAGUGUCUCCUUCAGCAGGAGCUGAUCUACAACUUAAAAAGACGAGUGGAGGAAGAGAGGAAAAUGAGAAAUGAGGAGCAGAAAAAAAUGAAGGAAGAACAACAGAGAAGGAAGAAGGAGGAAGAAGAGAAGAGAACAAAGGAGAAUGAGGAGAGAAGAAAAAGGGAAGAAGAAAAAAUGAAGAGGAGAAACCUGGAGGAAGCGAUAAGGAGGAGGAAAGAGGAUGAGGCAAGAAGAAAAGUAGAGAUGAGGAAUAAAGAAGAGGAGGAGAGUAGAAAGAGGGAAGAAGAGGAAAGGAGAGAGAAGGAAGAAAAGGAAAAGAGUAAAAGAGAAGGUGAAGGAGAAAAGCAUGUUAGGAAGAAACGGGAUGUCAUAAAAAGAGCACAUGAAGAGGAGGAAAGAAAAACUAAAGAAACGGUAAAGAAGGAAGAGGAAGCAGCAGUGGACAUGAAAAGAACGAUGGAAGAAGAAAGAAAAAAUAGAAAAGAAGCAGAACAAGUAAAGAUGAAGGUGGCGGAAAGAAAAAAUAAAGAAGGGUUAGAAAAGAUAAAGAGGGAAGAGGAAGGAAAAAAUGAAGACAAAGAAAAAAUGGAGAAAGAGGAAAGGGAGAGAAGAAAUAAAGAACAGGAAAAGAUUAAGACAGAGGACGAAAGAAGAAAUAAAGAGGUGGAAAAGGUAAAGAAGAUGGAAGAAGAAAGAAAAAAUAAGGAGGCAGUAGAAGGGAGAAGGCCGGAAGAGGAGGAAAGAAAAAAUAAAGUAGAAAAGAUGAAAAAAGAGCAAGAGGAGAUAAAAUAUCAAGAAGAGGUAGAGAUAAAGGAGGAGGAGGAGGCGGAACGAAAAAAUGAAGAUGCAGAAAAGAUGAAAGAGAAGGAACAGGAAAGAGAAAAAGAGGAAGUGGAAAGGAAGAAUGUGGAUGAAGAGAAAAAGAGAAAAAUGGAAGAUGAAGUUAUUCUGGAAAAUGAGGGAUGGAGUAAAACUAAAGAGCAUGGAAAAAAGACGGAAGAGGUGAGACUAACGAUGAAGGAGGAGGAAGAGAAUGAUGGAAAUGAAAACGGAAGAAAAGAUGAAGGUAUAAGACUGAAGAUGGAGGAAAAGAACAGGACAGAGGAGGAAGAGCAAAAGGGAAAGGAAAGCAACCAGAAGGAGAUGGAGGAAGAGGGAUGGAAAAAGAAGGAGGAAAAAAAGCAAAAGAUGGAAGAAGCAGCAAAAUCCAAGGAGGGUGGUGAGGAUUACAGGAACGGAAGAGAAGAAACCAAAGAGAGAGAGCGGAGGAAAACGAGUGGAGUGAGCGGUAGAAAGGAAGAGCAUGAAAGAAAUGGAAAAGAGGAUGGAGACGAGAAAGAAACUCAGGAGGAGGAGGGAGGAAACCAAGAGGAAACAGAGGUUAGAGAGGAGGGUCUGCAUGAGGACAUCCAGGUGGACAAACCCAGCGUCCCCCCACCCCCCACAGAACCACAUGACCUGGACAUGAGCAGGACCCAGACCAUGUGCUCAGCCUCCGGAACCUUCUGCCUCCAGGAGAACACAGAGCACAAGAGGCUGGCCUGGAUGGAGGACUGUGUGUCCUGGUCCAAAGUGUCCCAGAUGAACAGAAUGAAGCAGAGAGGAAGCGGAGCGAGUGGGAGGAGGCCGAGGAGGGCUGAGGAGGCUGGGAGGACCCUGGACCCCCUCCCCCCAGACGCUCUGCUGCAGGACACCGCAUGGAAGACCCUGAAGGAGGUGACCACAGUGAAUCUGAGGGACAUGUCCGGCCGGAGCUUUUCCAUGUUGGCCCAGUGUCGGUGUCUCCGCUCCCUCACGCUCAGACGCUGUGGACUGAAGGCUCUGGAGGACGUCAACCAGCUCCCUGAGCUCUGCCACGUCGACGUACAGGAGAAUGAGAUCUCAUUUGUUGACUGUGAAAAUAUGACCAGUUUACGGGUUCUACGACUGGGUCACAACAAGCUGACGUCCAUCCACGGUUUGAGAGGUGUGGAAAAUCUGGACGUUCUAGAUCUAUCGCACAACAGCGUCAGCCGCAUUGCUGGUCUGGAGUCCAUGAGGAGGCUCCAGAGGCUGUCAGUGGAUCACAACCAGCUGAUCAGCACCAAAGGACUGAGGGACGUGUCCACGCUGCUGCACCUGGACUGCUCACAUAACCACCUGGCAAGUGUGGAGGGUCUGGACCACUGUGUCCUGCUCAGUACCCUGGACCUGAGGAGCAACAGCCUGAGCCAGCCUCCCGCUCUGAACAACCACGUCCUCCUCAGAGAACUGCGUCUGGAUGACAACAGCAUCUCGUCGCUACAGGAGCUCGCUGCCUGUUGGCUUCCCAUCAUGCAACACCUCUCUGUGGCCCAGAACAGAAUUACCCAGCUGCCCUGCAUGUCUGAUUUUGUGUCCCUAGAGAAUCUGGAUCUUCAUUUCAACUGCCUAUCAGAGCUGAAUAAUGUGUGCCAGAGCCUGCAGAGAUGUCGAUUCCUUCGAGAAGUUCACCUUGCUGGGAAUCCUCUUACACAAGAGCGAGGCUGGAGAUCCUCUCUGCAGAAGGCCGUGUCCAGCCUCAGAACCUCUGACGGACAGGACACAGACUCCCCCUUGUCGCCCCCUGGUGUUCAUCAUCUCAGUCCGGCCUCAGGCAGUUUCCUAUCGCUGUGUCAGCUCCAGCUGCAGCAGAUCCAUGAUUUACAGCAGCACUGCAGCACACGGCUCAGUGCUGCGUCUUCUUCCCUGGACGCUGUGCAGAUAUCCUGCCAACACUUCACCCAGGCUCUGCAGCUGGCUGAGGAGCACAGGUUGGCCCAUGAACAUGGAGACACCUCUGGGUGGGACACACAUGAGACCACAGUCCAGACUACUGAAGACAGCAGAGCUGAAGGGACCACUGAGCGCCCACAUGUGGAUCCAGAGGGACGUACGUCACCUGCAGGGUGCUGGACUUCUGAGACGUUUUCCACAGAACAGCUCUACAACACAGUUCCAACAAGGCCAGUGAAGAAGAUAGAGGAUUCUACUGUCCACCCUUUAGCAACAGAGAGGAAAACCUGUACAGAUGAGAGGAAAACCUGUUCAGAUGAGAGGAAAACCUGUUCAGAUGAGAGGAAAACCUGUACGGAUGAGAGGAAAACCUGUUCAGAUGAGAGGAAAACCUGUUCAGAUGAGAGGAAAACCUGUUCAGAUGAGAGGAAAACCUGUUCAGAUGAGAGGAAAACCUGUUCAGAUGAGAGGAAAACCUGUUCAGAUGAGAGGAAAACCUGUUCAGAUGAGAGGAAAACCUGUUCAGAUGAGAGGAAAACCUGUACGGAUGAGAGGAAAACCUGUUCAGAUGAGAGGAAAACCUGUACGGAUGAGACUGAACUGGCACAUGUGGCCCACCACCAAGACCUGCACCUCAGAAACGUAGCAGCAGUCGUGAUUCAGCAGCGGUGGAGGAAACACAAGCAGAAAUCUGGUAACAUGUACAGCCCCCCCACAGCUGAACAGGGAGGAGUAGAAGGAGGAGGUGGAGAGCCAGCGCCAGGACCUGUCUCUGUUGACGGAAGCGCUGUUAGCCAAGAUUAUGCAGCAACAGUUAUCCAGGCGUUCUGGAGGGGCUUUGCUCUCAGGAGGAGACUCACAUCUGCUCUGGGCGCCGUCACAUGCCCCGACACCGGACACGACGACACCUUGGAGGAGGUGGACGUGGAUGAAUUUGUCUUUGAUGAGGCAGCGCUGGAGAAAGACUGGCUACUGUCACUGUCAGAGGACUCAGCUUCCAGAGGAUAUCUGGAGUCACAGCAGCUGCUCUGGAUGAAGCCUGUGGAACCCUUUCCUGGACCCUCUGAAGACGUUCGUCUGUCAUCCAUGGUCCAGAGGCCCAAGCAGGCCUGGGUCAACAGGGAAGCGGUGGACUCUUCACCAGGUAGCAGCCACAGUGAUUUCAAGAGUGAAUCGCCUGCAUCAGCGUCAGCGUCAGUGAUCAGUGGCCUCUCUGAAAGAUCUGAAAGGAUUUUGGAAGAAUGGGGCUUCACUGACAGCCACACAGCGCUGCUCAUGCUUAAAAGAGCCCAGAGGAUGAAGCCGAAGAAACAACAGAAACUUAAAGAUCCACACGUCCGUCUGGCCUUGUUUAGAAGCUGUGCUCACCAGCUGGGUCCAGGAGAGGCACGACACAGGCCCCAGCCUCAAAACAGAUAUCAUAUACAAGAUGCAGUCGGCGAAGUUGAGCCGGAGCUUCAGCAGGCGGAGAAGUCUGAGUCUGAGAGGGUGAGUCUGCAGACCUGGAGCCACGAGUCUGACGGAAAAACAGAGAGUGAACAUUUCUUACCAGAGAUCAGCUCCAGUGUUCUGAGCGGAGGCCGAGUGCAGCUCGUGGCUGACCCAGGACACACUCAGCGUCUGCAUCAUGCCAGCAGCAGUCUGUCGGCCCAGCCCUGCUCAGGGAACCAUUAUCCUCGCAGAAACUCUGUGGGUCAUGAAAGGAAAGACAUUCCAUCUGCUAAACGAGUCCCGUCUGGUCCAAAUAAAAAGGAGCGCAUCUCCUUCCGAGACAACCCCGUCCAGCUGAGUGUCGGCUGGGGAGGGGGAGCGAUCGGAGCCGGACCAGCCCAAAUAUCUGCAGGCGCUCCCAUCAUGUGGAUCCUGCUCAAGUGUCACUGCCGAAAAAAAAAGGGAAACAGCCGUACCGAAAGACGUGGAACAAAGUGGUGAAACCUACAGCGAAUGACACGCUUCGUAUGCAGAUGACGACAGGAAAAAGGAAGCAGGACCU